AUGGUUUUAAGAAAAGGUGAACAACCGGAGUGUAAUAUGGUAAUCAUGCAGGCUGACUUAACACUAUCUGAAAAUGACUUAGAAUAUAACUAUGAAGUGGAGUGUAAGGAAUUGUUAAAUAUGUUAAAUAGACACUAUGAAGACGAGAAUACGUCUGUCAUGACGAGUUAUUCACAAACAGGAUUGCUUUAUAAUCAGAAUGUUAGCAAUGUCAGUGUUAAACUGAAUACUGACCGUGUUAAUCAUCCAGAUGUUGCUGAUGAUGACGAUGAUGAUGAUGAUGGUGAUGAAAGAGAAGAGAUUGAUGAAGUAGAUAAAGAAAGAUUUGAAGAAUUAUUAAAUAAUUUAGAAAAACCUUCAUUUUUAUGCCUACCAUUUCUUGCUUUAAGUAAAUUAUGCCCAAAUUUAUGGGGGACAAGUUCCACCGGAGAAGGUGAACAAAAAUCCGAUCAGCGUAAAUUACCAUACAAAAGUCAUGGAAUGAUACAAAUAGUCUAUGAUAAUAUAAUUGGAUUAUUAUUCGGUAUACUGAUAGGAUUUAUUGUUUACGCCGUAUUUGUCACUUUGCUGGCUCACAGUCCACAUGCAUGUACACUGCUCAGCGCCUAUAUUAUGAUGUUCUCGAUAUUUGCUUUAGCUUUCUCAUCUGAUUUUCGAUGUAUCGCUUUAUUAGUUUUUCCGUACUUAACAACAAGUCGUAUACGCUGGUUACUACUCAUGUAUGCGACAAGUUUAUGCAUUGCUGGACCCGGGUUAAAUUUUCUAUACAAUUUUGAAACAUUUCGUAAUUCACUUGCAUGUAUCAUUUCACAGAUAAGCACAAAUUUAAUGAUUUUAAAAACAUUCACUAAUUCACCAUUCAGUGUAUUGAAGGUAUCAAUUGAAAGUUUAGUCAGUGAAUUGAACUCAAUACUGCAUAAUUUGCGAACAAUGCUGUCCACUAUUCAUUCAUCUGUUCUACGGUUAAUUGUAACCAUGGAGAAGAAUGCCGGUUGGAUUGAGUCGAUACGUCAAUCCUGUGGUAAUACUGAUGUUCUACGGAAUCUCUGUAUACGAUUUUUGAAUAAAGCCUAUUUACUGUGUGUUGAUGAAUUGACUACAUUCAGUGGGUUCUGUCAUCAUAUAAAGUUUGUUUCCAUAGAUCUAUGCACUAAAACACCGUCAAUGAUUGGUUCAUGUGAUAGUUAUGUUGAUACUAUUGAAAACAGGAUAAAAUUUGCAUCGAAAAGCAAUCUUACUGAGAAAAUGGAUAAAAUUAUAAAUACAAUUGGAAAAGAGAAUUUAACCCUGAUAGCUAAUUUUGAUGAUUUCAUUGAAGUGACCAAUGAAAUGGACGAUAUAAUAGCUGAAUUAUUAAGAGCUCAGUCAAUUGGUUUUAUGCGAAAAAUUGAAUAUGCUAAAGAAAUCACAACAUGGAUACUACUUGCAUGGUCCUUGUUCACUAUGAUACAGUUAAUUGUUAAAGCUGCGAUAUUUAGAAAUUCUUGGCUAAAUAAAGAGACAUUUGACAAUCACUAUAUUACUAAGUCGUUUAUCAAACAGGAGAGACAAGCCGUAAUGCAAGGUCUAGCUCCAACAAUACCAUUAAUAAAAGAUGAGCCAAAUAUGUAUAAAACACUGACCAAUAUCGGCUGGACAAAGCAUGAACAGAGUAAAUUAAAAAAGGUGAAUGUGCUGCUAAUCAUCUGGACAUUUCUCAUUAUCGCUGUUCUUGCAACUGAUCAUUCUGUACACAAUGCUUUGUAUUCACUAGCACCGCUAUUCUCAACUGAUUUUAUCCAAUCGUCAAGAGCAUACAUUUAUAAUGAUGAUUAUUACUUUGAACUGGAGUAUGAUCGAUUAGAAGAAUUGUCUCACCAACCAGUUAUUAAAGGUGAUACCUUCUAUGCGAAUAUAUUAAAAAGUAUGGUUAGCUUAUUGAUUCCACUGAAAGAUACUGUGAUCAGUAUUGAUGCUACAGUCUGCAGACCGAAACCAAAUCCACCAAGUAGUGCAACCAAUGGAAUAAUUAUAUUCUUAUUGUUUCUGACAUAUUUAAGUGCUUUCUGUCAGGUAUAUGUCAUGAGACUACGUCAUGUCAUCAUGAUAUGGUAUUAUCCAGAAAAAUCAAAUCUACGCGCUUCAUGGUUACGCGCUCAUAUUAAAAAUAAUCGUGAAGCAUUUCAUGGUUUAAAAUACAUAUCAAGAGUCCCUAUUGGCAGGCCAAGUCGACGACUGUUCACAAUAUCCUUAGUUGGACAAUUUAUGAUGAAUCAUCCGAAACUGAAGCAACUGUUACAAGCAUUUGGUAUUAAACGUGUAACCUGCGCAUAUUGUGGUGCUGAAGGCAAUCCAUCAGAUGAAAAAAAGUUCAAGGAGAACUUUUAUCAGUGUCCUGAAUGCAGUGCAUAUUUCUGUCGUUCUUGUCAACUAGAUCUAGAGCAUAUCUGUUCAGUAUGUCGUACACCGUUGUUUGCAAGAGAUGCACAAAUCGACUUUGAAGAAUAUUCAACUGAUGAAGAGUAUUUGGCUAUGCAUUCAAUGUAUCUUCGACGAGCUGAACAAAAUCUUGGUCAACUUACCAGUGGAUCAAUAGUUAUAAAUCCUCUAGGCUCUAAAUACUGA